CCUAAAGGUUCCGACCUGAAUACUGCGCUUGAGCCCUCUGGUUCCUCAAAUUCCUCACCUAUUUCGCUCAGUGGAUCCCUACCAACUCAGAAUCCAACAGUGCCGGUCACUGUUCUACCGACACCUUCAGCAUCGGACUAUCGUUGGUUUUACGAGGGCUUUGCCGGUUGGUGGCAGUAUGAGGACCGCACAUCUGAAGAAUUGGAAUCCGCGUUCUCAAAGAAUUUACCUUCAUGUGAAGUGCAAGUCGCUGGUUACAUAUAUACUAUCGACUUUGUGCAUAUGACACAGAAAAGGAAGGACAACUCCGGCCGCAAACGUCGCAUCAAACGGGACUUGAAAGACUGCGAGAAGAAAGGCAUUGCUGGUAUUAAACUCUCGGCAAUUGAGCUCAAACCGGUUGAGAUUAAUAGCGGGGCUUCCAGCAGUGUUGCACGAUCGCCGCAUACACAGGAUAAUCCAGGUAUAUCUGCUGCUUCCUCAGGCAAUCUGACCCUUGGUGAGGACAUUUUUCAAGCUACCUCUCGUCUUUCACUCAGCACUGACUCGCCUAGACCGGUGUGUUCAACAUCUAAUGCCGAUCCCAUCCAGCGCAAUCAAAGUGAAAUGUGUGCACCACCACCGGUUACACGUUCGCGUCCAGCUACGCGAAGCAACCGAAGUCCAUCUUUAACUCGACCGUCCCCGUCACCGAUCCCACGAACUUCCCGUAAUCGUUAUGCUAGUCGCGAUACUGAUGGUAGUCGAGCAUGCGGUUCACGAAUCAGUCGCUCCGUGCCCCGUGACUAG